CUUCUGGCUGUUCGAGUACACAACUGCUUGCAGCUGGAAGAUCUAUCCAGAGGAGUGCUCUUAAUAAGUUGCAGUAUUUAGAUACUGUGGGACAUUCGGAUCCUGAAUAUAAGACUAGGCGGGCCCUGUACGAGAAUCUCGCAAUACAACCUCUUCCCAUUCAAAAUCCAAACGUUGAUAUGCUCUCCGAUCCCAAUUUUCCCGAACCUCAGUCGCAAUCGGAUGCCCUUAUAUUCAGGAGACUGGACAGGCGCGUACAAAUGGCUGGAUUAUGGUACCAGGAGCAGGUGCUGUUUGCAGAACAGUACAAGCAUGAGGUAGACAGAGUGCAAGCCGAGCUGGCCCUUUUCCAUGAGGAGUUAGAGGACCGUCGACGGUCAAGAUCUAAAGGCAAGGCCCGCGCGACGUGUGUGUCGCGCAUGUACAGAUCUCGUUUGCAGUGACAAACCACUGGAACAUUUUGAAUACCAGCGAUCCUCGUGCGUGCGAGACCACGCCCAGUAGUCUCCGUUGCUGCCUAUGUUCGGAUGACAGUCGAUCCAAAAUACCCGAUCCGAGUGGCGGAAUGGUAUUCUUUUCCAUCAUUGUUCAUUUUCAUUGUUUACCCGGCACCAUUGUUCUCAGAAAGAGGCCACACCACACGUGUCUGACUGUGGUUGACAAUCAGAUAUAAGUACACGCGGACCAGCUGAGCAUCCUCUCCAACAUCCACUCCGUCCUCACCUCACUAUCUGCUCAGUCUCUCGCUCAAAGUGCCAACACUGAAGAAUUCAAUCGAUCAAUGUCGAAUACCAAGAACUUCAACAGGCCACAGGCCACAACGGACAUCGACUCCAAGUUAGGCGUUUUGCAAUACGUCGAACGCGACAUCGACAGCGAUGCCGACGAGGAAUUCGAUGAAAUGCUUGUAGGCGACAUAAUGAGACUGGAACGUUAUGGAAUCAAGCCCAUGGAGACACCCCAUGAGCUUCUGAUUUAUAUUGUCGCGCGCGAUCGCAGUUUAAACCGGGCCUACGAAGAUCACAAAGCAGCCGAGAACCUAGUCAAUAAAUAUCCUGCCCUAGUGCCGUUACUUAGAGAAGCAUGCGAGACGAAAAGCUUCGCUAAGGUGCGAUCUCUCGCUAUACUUCAACCAAAGCCUCGAGAUGUCGAGGAACUUUGGAAGACAUCGAAUGUUUCAAGAAUUCCCUAUGAACUUGGUAUCAUAAACCCCGAGGAACACGCCUCACUCGAUGAAGAGAUAUCUGCAAUGAACAUAGGGCCUGAUUCUGUGGGGUUCUUGUACUUCAUCAUCGAGACGGCACAGGGUCGUGGGCUGAACUUGAAGUCGAUGGAAUAUAGUCAGACUCGUGCUUACCUGCAGUCGCAUCCCGAACUUGAAAGGAUUAUAGUGGAGCUGAGGAAAGCUCCAAAAUCGUCACGAUCAUUCGCGUCCCUGAGACUCAUAUGUGACUUUUGGGUGCAGCUUCCAUACGCAGAGACCAAGGAACAAAUCGUUGAGCAAGAGGAAGCAAUACGACAAGCUUGGACCACACAGUACGAAGGAAAUUGCGCUACGACUCUAUUAUGCAGCAUGACCGUCAUGAACCAAAAUCGCGGUACGCGGAUGUAUGGGAAUAUGCUACCAAUCGUGCAGAGCUCAGGAAUGGGAAAAUCUCGCGCCGUUCACGAAGUAGCUGGUUCAAUAUUUACGUUGCCUCUUAAUGUCCGUGAUGACAGUCGAGCAAUGUUUGCAUUUCCUCGGGCCGAUGAAGAAGUCCGUAAAUUUUUGCUCUCACUAGGUGUUUUAGAUGCUAGUUACUCUGGCGUCCAUCGCGAUAUGCGAGUAUUUCUAUUGCACCUCUUCGACGUCACCCGACAGGUGAUCAAUGCUGCCCCCUUCGUGAAUGGACACUAUGCACGCCUCUCCGAUUUAGCUCUCGCAUGGCGAGAUUAUCUGGCUCAGGCUGUUGACGGCCCACAACUUAGGACUUGUCGAGGUGCCUUAUACUCACAGGUAAUACAGAGUGCACAAACUGCCUUCGAGGAUCGGAAAAAAGCCCUCAGCAUGUUUACUGGGGAUGCUCUGAAGGUGCAGAUAGAGAUAAUGGACAAACAAGAGGUCACGUCUCUCAUAAAGUCUGCCGAGGAAUUAGCUCGCGCUGUCCAGAGUCUGGUUGACGAGAAGAAUAAGAAUGCCAUCAAGAUAUUCCUCUAUUUGGACGAAGCCAAAACCCUUUCAUCACAAGACGUAUCUGGCGAACCAGACUCCAACUAUUACGACGCGCUCCUUUCAGCCCUCGCGGAUCUCGUUCCUGUGGCCGGUUUCUUUGCUACUACGCUGUCCACCACUUCUAGUCUGUCAAAGCACGCUAGGACGGCUGAACAACACCACUCUGACCGCUGGAUGGGGGAUGCGAAGAAAUCCGCCCUCCUUCAAGCCCCUUACACCGAACUAUCUUUUGAUUGUUUACCAAACGGAAAGCCGAUUUUUUACCCGGGUCAGAUGACACUCGACGAGAUUGCAUCCGUUGAGUAUAUGGUCAAGUUCGGCAGACCUUUGUUUUGGACCCAGUGGAACAAUGCUACCGUAAAUUCCACAACUAGGAACAACAUGAUUAACUUUGCCAGGCACAAACUCACUGGCCAUCAAGCUCCAUCUCAGAGAGGCGGAUCGAGGGCCCUUUGCGGAAACAGAGGCGGCAAUAUUGCAGCUAUUUCGACUCGCGUUCUGCUGGACUUCGAACCUUCUAGGCAAAGAGCUCGCAACAUGGAAGCCGGUCUGGUUGAAAACCACAUGCGGGUUGCAUUCAGCGUCCCGAUUCAUCGUGAAUAUGUUCGUUCUGGAACUCCGUCGGAGCCUAUUCUCGCAGAAGCUGCCGCCCAGCACAUGGAUGACUCGAUGACGGAGGACAUCACUGUGACGGAGGUGGCUAGCAUUUUUGAAGACGGCAUAGUGAAUAAAGGCGAACAAGGAGAACUUGCAACGCGGCUCCUCUUGACCCUUGCAUACGAUCGUGCUGUGAAAGCGCAUUAUGGUGAAUCUCAUGCGAAUAAUCUGUACAGUCAAGGCGUUCCCGUCGUGAAAUUUCUUCAGGAACUCUUCUCAGAGGAUGUCAUAGAGAGCAUACUUCAUUCCUAUCCGGAGGGAUGUCCUGGAAGCACACUGGAGGAGGCAUUCGAGGAUGGAUGGGUUCGGUUCACGCAUUGGGGGCGCUUUGGGAACGACAACGAAAUCGACACUGAGGCGGCGCUCGCGGCCUUCGCUAGGGGUAUGGCCAUUCAGGUUAAGCCCAUCCAGGCCGUCAUCGACUGUGUUGUGCCAAUUGUUUUCAUUAAAAACCGAGCGGAGACCAAGAUAUCCGAACGGGAGGUGACAGCCGUCUUAAUCCAGGUCAAGACUAUGGAAAAGGCGGUGACGCUCACAAUCGAUGCCGAUGGUAGAAAGAAGAAUAGCAACCCAGAGGCGAAGGUGCUACAGUUCUUUCCCCUGAACUGCACGCAUCAUCGGCCAUACAUCACGAUUCUCAUGCAACAUGCCAUUCAGACCGCCAAGGUAACAGCUAGAUAUCAACCCUUGACAGCAGAGCAGGCUGCGAAGCGUCCGCCGUCGCCUUCGAAAGUACUUCUGAAGGGGAGAGCUUCGACUCGUCAUACUGCCGACAACACCAAAGAGGGAGUCAAGAAUAAUACCACUCCUUCAGAACCGGCCGAUACGCUUCAUCCCCGUUACGCAAUAGAUGUUCAUGGGUGCUCGCCAUCUGUAUACGGUGUUGUCACCCCAAAGCAGACAGCACUUUGGGCGCAACUACUAGCGGCAAGAGGUCUACUGGCCGAACACGCAAGACAACAAGACGAGAACAUUUCAGUUUUGAAAAGUUUGAAGCCCACAUGGAUUAGGGGUCCCGAAUGCUAUGGAUAUACCGCUCAACCGUUGAUGAACAUAUCGUCGCACAAGCCGACUUGAGUCUGCUCACAAUGUCCGGCUGUCAUUUUGAGCAGUGUCACUUUUUGAUGAUUAUCUCACCUUUUAUGUCCUCUCUACCAACGUCAAGAGAUUGUAAUAUUCUUCGCCGAUGUAGCAAAGAUCUCAAUCUCACUGCUGUAUACAUAGAUCAAAGCCCAAAGUCUGCUUGUCUUUACUUCGUCAAUCAAUGAUUCAUCUGAAUGUUUUGUCUCGAACAAAGUCGGCCUUCACUACCACCUAAAUUACCCCUGCAGGAAAUCUCGGUUAUUUUGGACAUUCUUGCCAGGCAAGGUUUUUGAAAAAUUAUCUGGAUGUCUCCUCUUCGUUGCGGUGAGUAUAAAUGCCAAGCCCUCAU